AAGAUUAUUAUGUGAGGACAAAGUCGAAAUAGGAAGCAGGAAAAAUUAAAAGGAAGAAACAGACGCCUCAAACUGUACAUAAUUCCUGGAACGUUUGCACAACAGACAUUGUUUCUAGUCGAUGAGGAUAUUGAUAAGGGAUUUGGAAAUAUAUAAUGAAUUUCAGACUUCGUAAGGUAUUGGUCUGAAAUGAAAGGACUCAGGAUUUGUCAACCACAGUCUUCUACCAGUUAUGCAUAUACUAAUGUCUAAAAUCCAUAAUGGCCUCGAACAACAGAAACAGAUAUCUUAUUGACCAAAUGUUAACUGAUAUUCAUUUGGAAAUUUAUCAAACACUUUUCAGAAUAUUAGGAUACAAAACAGUUUCAGACUGUGCGCAACUAAAUCAUGAAACACUACAGGAAAUGGGAGUCUCCCUUACUGGACAUAGGAAGAGAAUUCUCAAAAAGAUACAAGAAUUGGAAGAGAAAUGUGGGAAUCUUGAAUAUUUUAAUAAUGAAAAACAAAAUACAAGUGAGGGUAUUUUAUCAGUUGAUGAGGAUGAAGACGGAACAAUACUUGGUGAAGGAGUCAUUGGUAUAGAUUCAGAACUUUAUAAUCUUCCAGUGGAAUAUAGGACAACUGCAGCAGUGGACUAUGGGAUGCACAACAAAACUGGUAAUGGAACUUCUAGGAUUUUAGAACAGAAUAGGCAGGAAAAAUCCUCUGAAUCCUCUGGUGAAAGUUGUGAUGAAACACUGGAAUAUACAGAACAACAGGACUCUGGAAACUUUUUUGAGUUUCGAGGACCCAUGAUUGAAAAUGAAUUGUAUAAAGAAAUGAAUAUAGAUGACAUGAAGAAAACUCACAUGAAGGCAGGUCCUACAAGAUCAUUCAUACUAAGGAACAGACCUGUCCCAGAUUUACCAGUUUCUGCUAGCACUAUAUCUUACAACAUCUAUACAAAAGGCACUACAGCAAUAGAGUCUUAUCCUGGGGGAACACUUACCCAGAGCUUGCAAAGAGAACAAUCUGGAGAUGAAAACUUUCCUCCUAUCUCACCAUAUGAAGAGACAUUUUUUUUCAGAGAUUCAGAGAACACAAAGGAAAACGCUGGUGAUGCAUUUUUAUUUUCCAGUAACAGUGAUGUGAGUGAAAGCAUAGCAUUCAAUACAAGUAAGCAACCCUCUUCUGAGAGGAAUACAGAUUUAUCACUGCAAGGAAGUUCAGAGGAGUCAAUAUAUUCAACAUUGGAGGAUAGCAAUAUUCGCUUGGGUUUAAAAAUAUUGUCCACUGAGGAAACACAAAGACGAUCAUUCCAAGAUACCAUGCUACAAAAUGUUGACUUAAGUCAUCUGCAAUCAACAACUCAAAAUCCGAAUUCAUUGUCAUCCCAAGAAGAGGUCUCAAUCACACCAUAUGCAUGCUUCUAUGAGUCAUAUAAAGCAUUGAAUAAAGCUGGCUGGUUAGAGAAACUUUCCCCACACAGUAGUCGAAUGUUUCAGAAAAGGUGGAUAAAAGUGGAUGGACAUCAUCUUUCUUACUACCAUAAUGACAGGGAUAUGUUCUCAAGAGGGAAGAUUUUACUGUCUGCCGUAUUGAAAACUCAAAAGCUUGGUGACAAUAAAUUUGAAGUUGUGAUGUCGCAAAAGACACUAGUCUUUCGAGCAGAAAAGGAAGGACACAGAAACGCCUGGAUAAGAACAUUACAAGACGCAUUAAGAAAUCAAGCGGGGAUGAAUCCCGUGCUCAGCACCUGUGAUAAAAGUGGAUACCUUGAAUUAAAGGGAUAUAAAACGAAAAUUUUUACUGUAGUAAAUGGAAGAAAAUUAUGGCUUAGCAAAAGCAAACAGGACUUCAAUACUGGAAUUGCCAUUACUGACAUCUCAAUGACGAUGGUCACCCUAAAAAAUACAGAUCGGAAAACCUUUGAGAUCAUAACACCUUUUCGGAAUUUUUGCUUUACAGCAGAGUCAGGUGAGAAGCAAGAGUGGAUUGAAGCAUUGCAGCAAUCAAUAGCAGAGACUGUUGCUGAUUAUGAAGUAGCUGAAAAGAUUAGGUUCAAUGAAUCGAACAGGAGUUGUGCAGAUUGCCGAGCUCCAAAUCCUGACUGGGCAUCCAUCAACCUCGCUGUUGUCAUCUGCAAGGACUGUGCCGGUCAACAUAAGACACUGGGAAGCAAAAUGUCAAACGUGCAUAACUUAAAACUAGACUCAGCCACUUGGAGCAAUGAACUUGUGGAGCUCUUCAUUGUUCUGGGAAAUGAAAAAGUUAAUAGCUUCUGGGAAGCAAAUCUUUUGCCUGAAAACAUGCUUUGUGUGACCUCCACUAUUAAUCAGAGAAGAUUAUUUGUCGUACAAAAAUACAAAGAAGGAAGAUUUAAAAAGAUACUUUCUCCUAGCCUGACUUCUCAGCAUCUAAAUGAGGCUUUGUGUACUGCAGUGACUCAAUCAGAUGUAUUGGAAACCAUGAUGUUAGUGUUUAGUGGAGCUGAUGUCAUGUGCACAACUGGAGAUCCAAUUAAUAGCACUCCAUACCUUCUAGCUAAAAUGGCUGGCCAGCGCUUACAGAUGGAAUUUCUACAUCAGAACAAGUUCUCAGGUUUCAAAUCAUCAGAAAAUUUGUCGGAAAAUGGCAGCAAUGUGUCUUAUUGUGGAUUCUUGUAUAAAGCAUCUUCAAACUUUUCAAAGAUGUCAACUAACCGAAAACAAAAAGAAGAUAUGAAAAAGUGGUGGUGCACCAUAGAAAAUAACCUGCUAAGCUACUAUGAAAAUGAAGAUCAUUCUGUUCCAGAGGGAUUUAUUGAUUUAACAGAAGCUAUAUGUUUGGAAGUCCAUUCAACAGAGUUUACUCUAAAUGCAAGGGCCAUAUUUACCUUUGAGAUCUACUUAUUGUCGGAACGUAUGUUUCUUUUCGGAGCUGAAAAUGCAGAGUCUCAGAGAGAAUGGACCAAGGCAAUAUCUAAGAAUUUUUUUCCUAUGGUAGAUGAAUAUUUAACAGAGUUAGAAUUUGAUUUAAUUGGAUAUUUAUACUACAAAGACACAUAUAGCCUUACAGAAUGGAAAGAAGGCUGGUUUGCUCUGGAGAAAAUCUGCUUAUACUACAGUCACGGGCAAGGAAGUGUUCAAGGAGACAAAAUUAAUCUGAAGAAACUACAAGAACUGACUCAAAGUUCAACGAUGAUAAAUGGAGAAAAGAGAAAUAUUGUAUUACUGGUUGAAAAUGGAAGGACAUUAUAUAUCUAUGGACAUACAAUACUGGAUUUUAUAGUCUGGCAUUGCGCAAUUGAAAAAGCAGCAGGUACAGAUGGCAAUGCACUACAGGAUCAGCAGCUCUGCAAAAACAACAUUCCUAUUAUUGUGAACAGUUGUAUGGCAUUUGUUACACAGUAUGGUUUAGGGAGCAAAUCUCUGUAUAUGAAGAAUGGGGAUUCACUUAAAGUAAGAGAGUUGUUAGAAGAUUUUAAAAAGGAUGCACGGAGCAUAAAACUAAAAGUCGGAAGACAUCAACUGGAAGAUGUGACUGAUGUUCUGAAAUGUUUCUUAUAUGAAAUAGAUGAUGCACUUCUGACAAAAGAACUUUAUCCAUAUUGGAUCUCUGCCCUAGAUAUUCAGAAUGAUCAGGAUCGGGUGAUAAUGUACAAAACUUUAAUUGAUACACUUCCAGCACUGAGCAAGACUACCCUGGCAGCUUUAAUUGAACACCUUUACAGAAUACAAAAAUGCUCAGAUGUCAAUCACCUUGAUGCACAAACUUUGGCGAAAGCAUUCGCUCCUUGCCUCUUUCAAACCAAUGGACAGCUUGAAGCAGAAGUCUGCGUUGUAGAGCAGCUGAUCUGUCGGUUUGCUGAGAUUUUUGAGAUAAGCCAGGAACAGCUGCAUCAAAUGGAUAUUGAAAACCGUUUUAUCACCAAAUGGAAUGACACCCAGAUUCAGCUUCCACAGUCCGGAGACUUGCUGCUGGAAGUAUUUUUAGAAAGAAAGGAUCCUGACAUGUCUGUUAUUAUAAGGGUAUCGCCUAAUAUGGCAGCUGCAGAGCUCACAAUUUGUGUAGCUGGAAUAAGAAACAUCAGCCUGUCGAAAGAUGUGUUUUGGACCACAUUUGAAGUAAUUGAGAAUGGAGAACUUGAACGCCCUAUGCAUUAUAAAGAAAAUAUUUUAGCAACAGUCCUGGAAUGGAGUAUGCUUCCAGACCCUGGAGCAGCCUGCCUGCUUGUAAAACCAUUUUACUCAAGUAAUAAUGUUGGUAAGUUUUUAUUUUCAUUCUAA